ACCUAAUAAACUCAUCGCUCCAACUCGAACGAACUCUAACAGCUUGUCAGCAUCUUGACUCGUUUGCGGGACGAGUCCACUGAACUCGAUUUGACUACGAAAGCAAUAGCAAUUAACAGAGAAACUAACUCCUGAACAUUUCUCCAGUAGCCCCUAUCAGUCCUAGUUUGGCCAAAUUCGCCAUUUCCAAACAGAAAUGCAGACUCCUGAUGACAUUCGAAAUCUCCCUAUCGACAUCACAUUUUCACGUCUUGGAGAAUGGUUGGUUGAUCGGAAGAGAGUACCCGCCGAUUGGAGAAAACGGAUUGCCGCCGUCAGAGCUCGAAUUUCUAAGGAGUUCUCCUCUCUGCCUAAGGAUAUAGAUCCCUAUUUCCAAACCCUUGACCCCGAAGGGAUUGGGUAUUUAGAGGCCAAGAAAAUUUAUGAUGUUCUUGUGAAAAAGACUCCAGAAAGCCGGAAUAUAUUUGGUCGGCUAUCAGGUGCUGCUGGUGCUUGGGAGGCAAUUGUGCAUUCUUUUGAGAAGGACUACAUCUACCUAGGUGAGGCUGCACAAAUAAUAAUUCAAAAUGUAAAUUAUGAAAUACCAUAUCAGAAAAAGCAGGUACAGAAGAUCCAGCAACAAUUAGCAGAACUAGAGCGCAAGGAAGCUGAUAUAAAAAGAAGUGCAUCUCUUUCAGCAGCUAAAUAUAUUGAGGCUUGUCAAGAGCUUGGACUGCAGGGAAACAAUGUUAGAUCUGAACUCUUAGAGACUGCAAAAUCACUACCAGGCACAUUUAGCAGGAUUCUUGAAGUAAUAAAUAGUGAUUCUCUGCUGCGGGCAAUAGAGUAUUAUUCCACUUUUGUCAAAGAUGUUCACACAGAAAAGGAUAAAUCGUCAUGGACAAUAUUAUUGAACUUGAAAGACAUUCGUGAAAACCCUCCAUCACUAAAUGUUUCUGCUGGCCCAGAGAUCCUUGAUGCUGCAAAUGUGCAAUUAAGUUUUGAUGAAUCAAGUCAUGUGAGAGGGGACAAGGAUGCUAUUUCAGAUAGUAUUGAUUGGGAUAUUUCUGUCGAUAGUGCUCAGAUUGACUGGGAUAUUGGAGUUGUGGAAGAAACUGAUGAUGGUGGUAAUGGUUUGGGUCCUUAUGAGAUUGUGAAUGCUAGUGACAUCUUACAGAGUUCAUCACAAAAUGAAGCUGUAGAAUCCGAACGAACCCCAUUAAAUAAAGGGGAAGACAGCUUGCAUCCAGAGGUUUCUGUAUCAGAAAUAUCUUGGGAUAUUAGUGUUGAAACACCUCAGGUUGAUGUCAUUGACGAUGUCAAUUUGCUAAAUGGUAGCCUGGAAAAUCCUACAUUUGUUCCAGACUCUUUAAUGCACAAUGCAGGAGUGAAGGAAGAAAGGAGCCAGCUUUUGGAGACCGAGUACAGGAAUAAACUUCUUGAUGACUUAUAUGAGAUCAAAGCAUUUUUGAGCCAGCGAUUGACUGAGUUGAGAAAUGAAGAGACUUUGUCCUUGCAACAUCAAGUACAGUCUGUUGCUCCGUUGGUUGUGCAGCAGUAUACUCCUGAUGCCAUUGAGACAAUGUUGUCAGAUGUUUUCUUGGUCAUUUCCUUGCUGACAAAUAGGAAAACGCGAGACUUGAUAAUGAUUCUCAAUUCCAGAAGGUUUCUAGACAGACUGGUAAGUUCAUUGGAGGAAAAGAAGCAUCACGAGUUGAAAUUAAAAGAGGGGUUGAAGGACUUGGCGGCUAAACGCAUGGAACUUCACAAUUCAUUAUCUUCAUCAUGGCCAAAGCAGGAAGCUGCUCUUGCGAAAACCAGAGAGCUGAAGAAGCUUUGUGAGAGUACCCUUUCAUCCAUGUUUGAUGGAAGACCUGUUAACAUAAUUGGUGAGAUCAAUACCUUAUUGAACAGCGGCGUUAAUGCAUGAACUCUCCAUGGCCUUUUGAUUUGGGCAAAGAAUGUUAACGUUGGAAUGAGAUGAUCGGCAUAUUGCAGCCAUUAUUGCAUACAUACUGUUGUAAGAUGAUCACAAGCAUGAAGAUAUGAUUUUACUUUUUUUUGCUUCCCUUAAAUCAAAAAUUAAAGAAGAUGAACAAAUUUUGGGAUUAUGCCCACGGGAGGCACAUGCAACGCAAGCCUGCAAAUUACUUAAAUCUUUUUUUCCGGUGCAUUUAGAUGGCU